UUUACAAUGCAGAUUACAAGCCCGCAAUGCCUUUAAAACUAAAUCUUACAGAAGAGCAAUUUGCAAAAUUAAAAAAAGAUUUUGACCGUGAUAUUGAAGAGAAUUUAAUUAUGGACACAUACUUGAAAGGUCUAAAGAUAAGGAAUAUAACGGACGUUAGAGUGAUGGAUGGCACAGAUGCGGUGUUAUCAGAGGCAUUAUUUUUCUGCCAAAUAUUCAACUUUAAUAGGGAUGGUUCAUACACUUUUUGUGGUGGCGCAGCAAUUGCCGAACGUUUUAUUGUUUCUUCAUCACAUUGUUUUAAUAAAGAAGACUCGCUGCAAAAAAUUAAAGUUAGAAUCGGGGCAACCAAAUUAGGAAAAGGCGGCCACAUUAAAAUCAAGAAAAUAAUCACUCAUGAUUCUGAAGAUCUGGCUCUACUUUUAACGGAAGAUGAGAUUGAAAGUGGAAACAGAAUUGGUCUGGCAUCUAGAGCAGAGAGACUCAGGGAGAUAGGAACCUUCUUUGGCUUCGGUAUCAGCGGCUUCCUAAACUCUGUACAACUACCAACAACACUUCAAAAAACAACAAUCAUCGUGAAGGGAACAAUUGGACACUGGGUCCAUUUGUUUGCGACUUCAGGAAACCUCGUGGAAGGAGACUCCGGUGGAGCUGUUAUUUGGAAGGAACACCGAAAAAGUGUGAUAGGAAAAAUUUAUAGUGGACUUGACCAGAAAAGCAACAGUCAUCUUUUUCUACGUGCUAAGGAAUUUAAGACGUGGAUAAAUUAUCAAAUGGCUAUAGCCUUGUAAGUACUAGUAGACUAAUCUAGUUUUAUGUUGAAGAGAAAAUUUAAAAAAAAAAUUAAUAUUUAGACGCGAUGAGCUGUGAGUUAAAAUAGAGAAAACAACAAUUAAAAAUGAUUUAAAAAAUGCUGGAGAGAAAGAAAAAAUUGGAAGUGGGGAAUUACUUGAAUAUUUAUUUCGUGAUGAACAGCUUCAAGCCUUUAUUCCAAAAAUGAAAAAAAUAUAUCUGAUUAAAAAUGGGACAUUGAUGGGAAGAGAUA